UGGACCAGAUAACCAAGCGGUUCUGCAUGUUCCGCUCCGUGAUGUUCGCGCCGGGGACCAGCGGCAUCACGGCGACGUCCAUGUGCCCGCACUGCACGUGCCGGCAGCUCAAGGGCGGCCCCACAUGCUUGUGUCCGCUGGGCAAGCUGUGCAAGCAGGACGCGGUGGGGCGAUGGAAGGACGGCACGCGAUGCAGAGACACCAGGCAGAACCAGUGUGAAGUAUCACGGGUGGUGAACGGCUCAUACGUUGGCAACUGCAUCAACCCUGCUCAGGGUCCAAACGAGUGCAUCAGUGCAGGACCAGGGUGGGGUCCCAUUUUUGUGAGGAACAGGGCUCACAACAUUACCAAGACUGGUGAUCUAUGCCAACGCUGUUCCUGCAUGAAAGGACAGUUUGUCAACUGCAAGCCUGUGCCUGGAUGUGCCA